GCCUCUCGCUGGCCUCAUCAAUGGCCAUUCUCCCUGGAGUCAGUGCAGUUGAUCAACUGGUACAAGUCCAAUAUCCAUCAUAUUGGGACCACCUUCCAUAAGUGAUCAGGGUCUUGAGGGUCGAUCGAUUGCGCGCGGGGCGCUAUGUCAAGUGAAGAUGAACAGCACGCAUGGGACGGGCAGGAUUUCCCAGAGUUUGACUCCAACUCUACGCACAGGAAGAAGCUGGUAGUGACUGAACAUGGUCAUCUUGGACCUCAGACGUCUAGUAGUGAGCCUUAACGGAAUUUCGAGUGGUCCUGACCAAGAGCUUGGAGUGUCAGCCUCGUCAAUGCCACUCGACAGAUCAUACAAUAUCAUCAAUUUCCAGAGACCUGAGAUAAACAAGCUUGUUAGCUUCUGCAGCGACCGUCAGGAAAGAGGCCUCGCGGUACCAACUUCGACACAGAGCUGGCAAAUAUUCUCUAUAGGUCUUUCUAUGUCAGAAACUUCCAUUAGUAGGCGGAAAUUUCUUAGCAGUGGCAGUGUACAUCAUAUUGCACACACAACGAUGAUUCGCAAUUCGACAAUCCGAGACGGUCAUUAAAUAUUUCAGCAAGAUCCAAGCAACAAUAAAAUCCUCGAUUCAGCCGACACUUUCCAUGUUGUUGCCGAACUCUUUCCCCCAAAAGCAGACGAAAAGCUAGAGUGUUCAUUAGAAGCCAACGCAUUCACAGCAUUCCAGUCAUGAGAGGAGCCUGGAGAAGAGCCUGGACGCAGAAAUCGAUGCUCAACAUGUGUUGAAGCACGCCGUUCGCUUGCCACACCACCAACACCUUACUCAGAAGCCUCUUAAUAAUUG